AGACACUUCUGAUACCAAAAGAUCAACUAGAUAUAUAGCUAUUACUUGUUGUUCCUAAAACUUGGAUAGGCGACAAGACUUUUGUCAGGUAGUGUACUGGGUUCACAACAAAAUGCUAAUUUUAUUAUGCGAAAUUAAAUGCGAAGAGUGGCAAAUUUCCACUGGGUGGCGCAAUAACAAGGAAUCCAUGACACCUUUGCUACGAGCACACAGAAUUCACCUCAAUCUUGACUCCGCACAACUUCAAAAAGUGCAAAAGUUCUGUAAGGUAAAAAACAUCCCUUGAGUACUCGAGAGCAAUUGAUGCAGUGCUUCAAGUUUGGUGUGUACCCAGCAUUAGACUGCGAAUAGCAGGAAAGAUCCCAAUAGUAAGGCAUUGGAAGAAAUUUUACCAAAAUGGCCCGACUGACAUGAUUGAAAUCUGAGCAAGGAACUCCUGAUCACACAUAUUCCUAUUCAAAUUAUUUUAUUCCACCUUCGCAUUAAAACAAGAUCUUUUAAGGAACUUGGACUUGCUUGUGAUUAGACUGCGUACAUGUUAAGCCAGCACUGUGCUCUAUUUCUCAGCUCUCUCUCUUGUCUUUUGGCUUGCCGGCAGGACACUGAAGAGGAGGAAAGCCCAUACUGUGAAGGUUCUCCCACCAGCACUAAAAGCCUCUCGCCCAGGAGACUUCAGAGGAUAGCGUAUCAAAACCUGAAGUCAUCUCCACACACGCUCUAUCCUGACAGUUAUAACAAUGACGACAAUGCUAGCAGAAUCUCAUCUGAGGACAGCGGGGAGGUGCCGUCCUACAAUGAGGACAGUGAUGAGUCUGAUUUAGAGCUUCGGUCUGAAGUCAGUCAGUCAGGACAGAUGAACCUGCUGGAGGAGAUUCUGGACUCGCUCAGUACAUCCCACAUCGAGCAGGGCCGACUGUCCGCUGCCAAGAGCCUUGACUUCUUCAGGUCAUUCGAAGACCUCGACUACAAUCCCAAGAAAAGCUUCAAGUCUCCUCUGUGCAGUAGUCCUACUGCAACCGGAUGUGAAGUAGGAAAUGGAGAGCCAGCCGGCUGGAAAACAGGUCAAGAUGACAGCGCUGUCCACGGUAAACAUCUCCCGCCUUCACCUCGACGCCAAACUAGCUCCUGCUCCCUUCCAGUCCAUCCUCCCCCUCCCACCGAAGACAUCCCGAUGAGGAACUCUCUCCCAGAGACUCCCACAAUACAGAUCCUGUUUCCCGACAUGGAAAAGGCAACCAAUUCAGCUGAUGGCCUACUGAGCCCCGAAAAAAAGCACCCAGCAGCUCGAAGCCUCUCCAGACAGAAGGUCCUUUCCAGAAAAACCCAGAGGCCCCAUCAGGAGCACAAAACAGCAAGCGGACAGCUUUCAGUGCAUGUACCCUGGGAGAGGGAAAAGCAGCUCCUGGGCACAGGUAUAGAAGGAGACAGUAGUGAGACUCAGGAGAAAGGCUUGUUAGAGGAGAUCGAGUCCAUGUGUCGCAUUAGCAUGGCCUUUGAUAGCAACCAGGAGUUCAUUCAGAACAACAGCAGUCGGGACAAAUCCUGAGACAGCAGCACAACACUUGUUCAUCAUUGUCUGUUUUGUCUUCUGACGUCACACCAGCACUCUUCCUAUGUGAAGGAUCUGCAGGGGUGUUUAGUGGUUUAUAUGAAUGAUCGGUCCUCUUAUUUCUUAACCAAAGGGCAAAGGUUUUGGAUCAGUAUUAUUUUUUUUUACAUCUGCUCACCAAGGCAGCAUUUAUUUGAUCAAAACUUGAGUGAAAAAUGUGAAGAGUUAUUACUUUUUAAAAUAAGCGUUUAUUAUUAUUUUUGUAGAUUUCAAAUAGAAUUUUAUAGAUCACACAAUCUUUUAGAAAUCUUUCUAAUAUGAUGAUGAUCGCCACACAUGCAAACAAUGGCUGUGUCUCAUUUCAGAGGCUGCAUCCUCCGAAGGAUGCAUUCGAAGGGCGCUGCGUCAUUACAGCACGACGAAGGUUGAAUCAUUUAAACAAAAAUCGAUGGCUCCUUUAAAUGCAGCCUCAAAAUGCGUCCUUCGUUUCCCAGGUAAUGAAGGACACAACCAGUGGAUCUUUUGUGGCCUUGAACGUUCCAAGAUUCUUUGCGCGCUGAUAACUGCAGGACAUUUUUAACAGAAAGCUCCAGAUUAAAUGUAUUAAUUAGGUUUACCUUACUUGAAUAUCUAAACAAAUGUUAAAAAACAAAACACCUAUGUCUUACUAAGAGAUCUGUCCUCUGUAGACUAGAUCAUCUCAUUUCAAAAUGUUCGGUAUGGCUUGUGUGGACUUUGGAAUGUGGCAGCCUUUGAAAUGAGACAGGUAUUAUUAUUAUUAUUAUUAUUAUUAAGUUAAAAAUAUUUGGACUGCCAUAUGUGAUCACA